AUGGGUUUUGAGGAGAAGAUGGGUUUCAAGAAGAAGAUGGAUGUUUUUUCUGGAGAAAUUAGUCUCGUGGAAUCGUUACAAUAUAACUUUGAAGAUAUUAGAUCUGCAACGGAUGACUUUUCUGAUGAAAAUAAGCUUGGACAAGGUGGAUUUGGAGUUGUUUACAAGGGUAGGCUAUAUAACGAACAAUAUAUAGCUGUGAAAAAGCUAUCUAAAAGUUCUCAACAGGGUGAUCGUGAAUUUAAAAAUGAAGUCACGUUAGUUGCUCAACUUCAACACCGGAACUUAGUGAGGCUUUUAGGCUUUUGCUUGAAAGGAGAGGAAAGGCUCCUCAUUUACGAAUAUAUACCUAAUAAAAGUCUUGAACACUUCAUUUUUGACCCAACCAAUCAUGAACAUUUGGAUUGGGAAACACAUUACAAAAUCAUAGAAGGAAUUGUUCGUGGUCUUCUUUACCUCCAUGAAGAUUCUCGACUUCGAAUUAUUCACCGUGAUCUCAAAGCCAGCAACAUUUUGUUGGAUGAAGAUAUGAAACCUAAAAUUGCAGAUUUUGGUAUGGCAAGGUUGUUUGUGAUGGAUCAAAGUCAAGGAGAUACAAAAACCAUUGUUGGGACCUAUGGAUACAUGGCACCUGAAUAUGCAAGUCAUGGGCGCUUUUCUGUCAAGUCAGAUGUCUUUAGUUUUGGUGUGUUAGUUCUUGAAAUAAUUACUGGCAAGAAGAGUGGUAGUUUCCGAAAUGGUGAAAAUGAAGACGACCUAUUAAGCUAUGCCUGGAGAAAUUGGAGGGAUGAUACAACUCUAAAUAUCAUAGAUCCCAUGUUAACAACAGGCUCAAGAUCUGAAAUAAUGAGAUGCAUCCAGAUUGGAUUAUUAUGUGUCCAAGAAAAUUUGAAUGACAGGCCAACCAUAGGUUCAGUUGUUUCCAUGCUUAAUAAUCAUUCUCUCAAAAUCUCAGUACCUUCACGGCCUCCAUAUUAA